AUGAAUCCGAAAUCAGGGUUCGUUGAAACUAACUGUAGUGAAGUUCCUUCGUCUUUAUCCUCUGCUUCUUGCACAUUUUCUUUAAAAUGCUCAACAUCUUUAACUACUUGUACUCCACCCUUCAAUGAUUGUACUGUUGGCAUUUUUAGAUACAAACGAUUGUGUAACGGUUCGUUAUCUGCAACUUUUCUCUCUCUAGAAAACGAGUAUAUCGGUGCUGACGUUAGCAGCAUUUCCCAAUUGCCGGCGUCUUCUCAGGCUUGUGUAUAUAUUUAUUAUAGCAUAGUUUGUGCAGAUAAUUACCCUGGACGUGUAGUUUCCAAUAAAUUAGUAAUCGUAUUAGCAGUCAUGGGAUCAAGAUCAUGUGGAAACUUCUUGGACUUGGUUUCUGGAGAAUUACUAGAUAUCCCCCAAACUCCUAGAGCUCUUCCGAGAGUGAUGACUAUUCCUGGAAUCAUAUCUGAUAGUAAUGCGAGUGGUGAUGGAGAUUCAGAUAGCAUGUCAUCUAUUUUCCGAGACCGAAAAAUUGUAGUGGCAAACAUGUUACCUUUGCAUGCUCAAAGGGAUAGUGAAACUGCUAAAUGGUGCUUCAGUUUGGAUGAGGAUUCACUUCUGUUACAAUUGAAGGAUGGGUUUCCACCCGAGACUGAGGUUAUAUAUGUAGGAUCUCUCAAGGUUGAGAUAGAAGCUAGUGAACAGGAAGAAAUUUCACAGAAACUUCUGGAUGACUUCAAAUGUGUACCCACUUUUCUGCCUCACGAUAUCCAGAAAAAGUUUUAUCAUGGUUUCUGCAAGCAACAGCUUUGGCCUCUUUUCCAUUACAUGCUACCUAUGUGCCCAGACCAUGGAGAUCGCUUUGACCGGCAGCUUUGGCAGGCCUAUGUUCAUGCAAAUAAAAUAUUUGCUGAUAAAGUCAUGGAAAUUGUUAAUCCUGAAGAUGAUUUUAUCUGGGUUCAUGAUUACCACCUCAUGGUGCUCCCUACAUUUCUACGAAAGUCUUAUAAUCGAGUCAAGCUUGGGUUUUUUCUUCACAGCCCAUUUCCGUCAUCAGAGAUAUACAGAACUCUGCCUGUUAGGGAUGAAAUCCUGAAAGGGUUAUUAAAUUGUGAUUUAAUUGGUUUCCACACAUUUGACUACGCUCGACACUUCCUAUCCUGCUGUAGUAGAAUGUUGGGCUUGGACUAUGAAUCUAAAAGAGGGCACAUUGGACUUGAUUACUUCGGCCGUACUGUGUACAUUAAAAUUCUGCCAGUAGGUAUUCACAUGGGUAGACUAGAAUCUGUAUUAAAUCUUCCUUCUACUUGCGAUAUGGUCAAAGAGAUUCAAGAACAGUUCAAGGACAAGAAAUUGAUUCUUGGAAUUGAUGAUAUGGACAUAUUUAAAGGUAUCAGUCUGAAAUUGCUAGCUUUUGAACAGCUCUUGCAGCAGCAUCAGGAGUUGCAGGGAAAACUAGUGUUGGUUCAAAUAGUGAAUCCUGCAAGGAGCGUAGGAAAAGAUGUUCAGGAAGCAAAGAAGGAAACAUAUUCUACCGCAAAAAGAAUUAAUGAAGUUUUUGGCUGCCCUGAUUAUGAACCCGUGAUAUUAAUUGAUCGACCAGUUCCUCGCUAUGAGAAAACUGCCUACUAUGCCAUGGCAGAAUGUUGCAUUGUGAAUGCAGUUAGAGAUGGAAUGAACUUGGUUCCUUAUAAGUAUAUAGUGUGCAGGCAGGGCUCUUCUCUUAUGGAUGAAGCCUUAGAUGUCAGUAUGGAUUCUCCUCGGACUAGCAUGCUAGUAGUGUCGGAGUUCAUUGGUUGUUCUCCGUCUUUAAGUGGAGCAAUUAGAGUAAACCCAUGGGAUAUCGAUUCUGUUGCUGAGGCCAUUUAUUUGGCCAUUACCAUGCCUGAUACAGAAAAGCAACUUCGUCAUGAGAAACACUACCGCUACGUUAGUUCUCACGAUGUUGCUUAUUGGGCUCGCAGCUUCACACAGGAUUUGGAGAGAGCAUGCAAGGAUCAUUAUGAUAAGCGUUGCUGGGGCAUUGGUCUGGGCCUGGGUUUCAGAGUUCUAUCACUUUCCCCAAGUUUUAGAAAGUUACGUAUCGAUCACAUUGUCUCGGCGUAUGCAAAAACAAACAGAAGGGCAAUUUUCCUAGACUACGAUGGUACCAUUGUAUCGUAUUCCUCCAUUGUUAGAUCUCCUAGUCCUGAAGUAAUUGCUGCACUCAAUACACUGUGUAAUGAUCCUAGAAACACAGUGUUCAUUGUUAGCGGGCGAGGAAGAACUCCCUUAAGCGACUGGCUUGAACCAUGCGAGAGACUUGGUUUAGCAGCCGAACAUGGGUAUUUUAUAAGGUGGAAUAGAAGCUCUGAUUGGGCACUGUUAGCAGCAGAUCUUGAAUGGAGAGAAAUUGUGGAACCUAUUAUGAAACUGUAUACAGAGGCAACAGAUGGAUCCUAUAUGGAAAUUAAAGAUAGUGCAUUAGUUUGGCACCAUCAGGAUGCAGACCCCGACUUUGGCUCCUGCCAAGCCAAAGAAUUAUUAGUUCAUUUGGAAAGUGUACUUGCAAAUGAACCUGCAGUUGUUCGGAGGGGACAGCAUAUUGUAGAAGUUAAACCACAAGGAGUUACAAAAGGGUUGGUUGCAGAGAAGGUCCUGUCAUCAAUGGUCAAUGACGGAUCGCCGCCAGAUUUUGUGAUGUGCAUUGGCGACGAUAGAUCGGAUGAAGAUAUGUUUGAAAGCAUAUUGAGCAUCGUCUCUAGUUCAUCCUUACCUGCCAGUCCAGAGAUUUUUGCUUGCACUGUUGGGCAAAAGCCGAGCAAGGCUAAAUAUUUUCUUGAUGACUCUGCUGAUGUAGUGAGGCUGCUUCAAGGUCUCGCAUAUGCUUCUAGUCCAAAACCUCGACAUAGUGCAAUCUUCCAGGUUACAUUUGAUAGCAUCUUUUGA